UUUGUUGUUGUUGAUGAGCGUUUGUUUAUAAAUUGUUUUUGUUGACCAAUUUAUUCACCAAAAUAUUUUCGAAAAGUUAUCAAAAACUAAUAUUUAGAAAUUAUGAACAAUAUAGAAAUAUCGGGCGUUUGUCGCUGCUGUCUGUCCCAGCCAAUUACUUUAAACAAUUUGUUCUCAUCCUGUGACAACAUGGUCAUAGCGGAAGCAAUUGAAAACAUUUGUGGAAUUGAUAUAAAUCCAGACAGCUGUCUUCCUGAUCAAAUCUGUGAUGACUGUCUUGGAUGUUUGAAAAUCAGCUACAGUCUUCGAAUAAGAACUCGACAAAGUGACAAAACGCUUCAUGGCAUCCUAGAAGGCAGCAUCAUAGCAAAAGAAUAUUCUUCUGAAGUUGACGAAACAGAACCAAAUUAUUGUGAAUCCAUUCCACCUGACAUAGAUUCCUCCCAUAGCCACGACGACGAUGACGAAGAGACCAAUGGGAUUGCUGUCGAAGAUCUUCCUAUCACUUAUGAAGUCGAACCUGUCCAUUCCUCCGGAGCGGGUUCCCAGUGUCCUUAUUGUCAAAAGAAUUUUAACCACUUGAAAAAUCUACGCACUCACAUGCGACGACAUUUUGCUGAAGGCAAAUUAACCUGUUUCCACUGCCCCAACAGAUAUCACACAAAGUUCGACUUGCAACGUCACAUGAGCAAGAUGCAUUCCGAUGGAUUUUCAUAUAAGUGUGAUCUGUGUGAUAAGGAAUUUCCCACUAAACCAGAAUGCAAUAGACACGUUAGGUCACAUGAUGAAAACAAACAUUUUAAAUGUCCUGUGUGUGGCAUGGAGUUUAAAUGGAAGCACAAUGCUCAACAACACAUAAAUGCACACGAAGGUAAAAAGCCAUUCUUUUGUGAUGUAUGUGGGAAAGGAUUUGCAUUUGCCUGCAAGUUAAAGUAUCACAAUAAAGCCAAAUGUAAACCAUCAGUUCUUAUAAGUGUCCCGAAAGAAGAGAUAUUUUGAAAAAUAGAAAAUAACAUAUUAAAAUAAAAUAAGUCUACACUGUU